GCCCCUUUCCUUUCUAAUCCCGCACGCGAGCGAGCCCCUUCCGUCGCGAUUCCAUGCAAGUCCCGGGCUGAGCUCCCGCUCGCGGUCUUCCUCCUUCUCCCACCCUGAUCGCGAGCUUCACUCCCUUCCUGACGAGCUCUGGCCCCUAUCCGAGACACCGGUGAUCAUUCCUUGCCCUUCCGUUCUUUGUAAGCCGCAACCCCGGUCAGGCAGCAGGGCGGCAGCAGGGGAGCCUGCCAAUUUCCUUCCUUUCUUCCUACCAGAGAAUCCUUGAGCGGAGAUACUCCCCUUCCUGUGGUUUGGAUCCGAGCAGCUUGUUUGUCGAUCCGGCCGCAUCACCGGGCCUUUUCCUAUCCCGAUUUGGAUUCUAGAUUUAGGGCAGCAACUGUUGGGCCUUUUAGCAUCGUCUUCUUUCAAGUUGGAGGUCGUCCAGAUUUUUGUUUGGUUUUGGAGAGCUCUUGUAAUAAUUAUAAGUCAGUUCGAUCUUAUAUAUAUACUGGGGAAUUGGUUUAUGCAAUAUGAGAAGUCACAAAGACCUUUUGCUGCUUACAUAUUCAUCAGAGCUUCAGAAUGGGGAGCCCAUUUUCUUCUCAUCGAAUUGUUUGCCUAUAAAGGCUACCAAUUUUGAACCAGCAGGGCAUUCAUUUCAUUCUGCUGCACUUAAACUAUCAGGGUUUUGUGAUGAUGAUGAUACAGAAACAGAUACCCAAAGUGUUCUAUCUGAUGAUCGAUCAUCCCAAGAUUACUUACCAACCUCAGAUUCUUAUGGAAGCAAGGGGAAAAAGAAAUCUAGCAGUGGAAGCAAACAGAAAGACCAUUAUUCGCUACUUGGCCUAGGGCAUUUGCGGUUUCUAGCUACUGAGGAACAAAUACGAAAAAGUUACCGUGAGACUGCUUUAAAGUAUCAUCCUGACAAACAGGCUGCACUUAUUUUUGCAGAAGAAACAGAAGAGGCUAGACAAACUAAGAAGGAUGAGAUUGAAAGUCACUUCAAGGCCAUUCAGGAAGCAUAUGAGGUUCUAAUAGAUCCAGAGAAACGAAGGAUAUAUGACUCCACUGAUGAAUUUGAUGAUGAUAUUCCAACUGACUGUACUCCGCAGGACUUCUUUAAAGUCUUUGGUCCGGCAUUUAUGAGAAAUGGGAAAUGGUCAGUCAAUCAGCCGAUUCCUUCACUUGGAGAUGAUAACACUCCUAUUAUAGAUGUAGACAGUUUCUACAAUUUCUGGUAUACUUUCAAAAGUUGGAGAGAAUUCCCUCAUGCAGAUGAUUUUGAUCUUGAGCAAGCUGAAUCUCGUGAUCAUAAGAGAUGGAUGGAGCGACAGAAUUCUAAGUUAAGAGAGAAGGCUAGGAAGGAGGAAUAUGCACGAGUUAGGACCCUCGUUGAUAAUGCUUACAAGAGAGAUCCUCGAAUUUUAAGGAGGAAAGAGGAGGAAAAGGCCGAGAAACAGAGAAUAAAGGAGGAAAAGUCAAUGGCCAAGAAGUUGUACGAAGAAGAAGUGCGAAGGGCUGCUGAAGAGGAGAGACAGCAAAAGGAGGAAGAGGAGAGGAAGAUAGCAGAAGCUGCUCUUAUACAGAAAAGAAUGAAGGAGAAGGAGAAGAAGCUCUUGCGCAAAGAAAGGAGUCGUUUACGUACACUAUCUGCACCAUUGAUUUCCGACAAUCUGCUCGGUCUUUCUGAUGAUAUUGUGGAAAGUAUAUGCAUGUCAUUUAAGGUGGAGUCACUCAGACUUUUGUGUGACAACAUGGAUGGUAAAGAGAAAAUGGAGAAAGCUAAAUUGCUGAGAGAUGCAUCAGAUGCUACAAAACUUAGUGGAAAUGUACAGAUGAUUAGUCUUCAAGAUCGUGAUCUGAAACCUAACAGAACUACUGCUGCACAAGUCAAAGUGGAUCAUACAGCGAACAACUUUGAGAAGAAAGACAAGCCAUGGGAAAAAGAAGAGAUUGAAAUGCUCAAGAAAGCCAUACAGAAGUAUCCCAAGGGAACUUCGCGCAGAUGGGAGGUCAUUUCAGAAUACAUUGGUACUGGGAGAUCUGUUGAAGAGAUUCUCAAGGCAACAAAAACAGUCCUCCUUCAGAAGCCUGAUUCUGGAAAAGCUUUCGAUUCCUUCCUUGAGAAGAGGAAACCAGUGCAAACUAUCUCAUCGCCUCUAUCAACCAGAGUGGCAGUAGAUGAGGCGUCUCCCAUCGAGAAAAAGAUCGAUGGUGUGUCCUCAACCACACCACCUAAACACUCUACAAGCACCAAAGGAAGCGAGAAACCUGGAGAGGUGCUUCCUUCUACACCAGAACAAGAUACUUGGACAGAAGCUCAAGAAAGAGCUCUUAUCCAGGCUCUCAAAACAUUCCCGAAGGAUGUAAACCAACGGUGGGAGCGUGUUGCUGCUGCUGUUCCUGGCAAAACUAUGGUACAGUGCAAAAAGAAAUUUACUUUGAUGAAGGAGAGCUUUCGAAACAAGAAAAGCACAGAAAACUAAACUAGUCUGCAACCACCUCAUCUUUUUCUUGUGAAGCUGAAUUACAGUCAAAAAACAUCUGAGAGAGGUAUCAGAUCUUGCCAUGAAAUUUUCCUAUACAUGCCACAAAAAUGGAAAAAAGAGAAACCCUGGCAAUAUCCAACCCUGAUAUGACAGCACCCACCAUUUUCUCUUAAUUGAGAAAAAAACAUUCAUAUUUUUUUACUAGAGAGAAGCCUACAGAUUCACAUGCCAUCAUUUUUAUCAUUAUGAUAUAUUGUUAAAAGAACCAUAUAAAUAACUCGUCAUCUUUGGUAGACAAGCUACUACUAUUACAGCUGUGAUAUCUGAGAGUUCAAGAAUCUAAUUGGUUUAUGAUAUUAUUUCA